UAGGAAGUCUUGUUCCAGUAGGAGACAAUGUUGCCGGAGGGGGCCGUGUAGGGUCUCGCAGCGGCAGCACCAUUACACGUGAGGAAGUAAUUAAAAAAAAAACCCUAUCUUUCUUCCUCAGAGCCGCCCGUUUCCACUACCUGCUCCUCGUUGGCCUUCUCUGGUUUCGGUUUACGGAUCAAAUCGAUUUCUCUCUGGUUUUAAGGGCUCUUUGAUCGGAGUUCUGCUGCUGCUGCUGCUGCUGCUGCGGGGGUAAACAGCGGAUCGGAUUGAUUUUGCUGGAAAUCUAGGAAUUGUUUUUCCUCUUCUGAGGUUCGUCUUUCAACGGCUAAGGCGUCUUCUACGCGUGCCGGUGAGCUCGUGCUUCUUCCAGUACUUCACAAGCACGGAGAGGAAAUCUCUGCUGUGUCGGAUUGAUUUUACUGGAAAGUAAGGAGUGUUUUUGAGGGUCGUCUAACAAGGGCUAAGGCGUCUUCUUCGCGUGUCGUGGAGCUCGUACUUCCUCCAGUACUUCGCAAGCGUCGAGAGGAAAAUUUCUUGUCGAAUGAUCACGACCGAUCUGUUGAGGAUUAUGGGUGGAACUUAAACGUCGGUCUGAAUCUAUGGUUGACUGUCGUAAUUUUGGCGCUUAGAGCAAAAUAAGCUAAGCAGGUUGGUAAGUUCGAAGAAUUCCAGACAUGUCCGUCCAAGACGCUUCAGAUCUAUAAUAUUCAAGAGCUACUAGCACCAAAAGGCGUUGCUUUUCUUGACCCGGGCGAAGGCUCACAUUGAAGGCCGCACGCGCGCGCACACACACAAAAGAUGGUUUCUUUUGGUUUCUGAAGGCGGUGGCCGAGAUAGGCUUCGAAUUUCGAAUCUUGAAUAGUGAAGGCUUGACAGAAGAAGAGAUCCUAUCUUCGUGGUUCUUCUUCCAUUACAAUUCGUUCCUUGGUGGGGAAAGCUUUUACAGUGAUGGGGUAGUGAAACCGGGAGCAGUGGUUUUUGGUGCAUUUAUUUGAAGUUCAUUUCUUAUCUGCUAGUGCUGUUGGGGAGAGGGUUUGGCGUGUUCUCAUGGCGGUGGUGCAUGCGAAUAUAUCACCAGGUUUCGGGACUUCUGGUGAUGUAUUAUAUAAGGAAUUAUGGCAUGCAUGUGCUGGGCCCUUGGCUACCUUGCCUCGUGAAGGGGAACGGGCUUAUUACUUUCCUCAAGGUCACAUGGAACAGCUGGAGGCAUCAACAAACCAAGAGCUAGAUCAGCAUGUGCCUGUGUUCAAUUUACCCUCAAAGAUCUUAUGUAAGGUGGUCAAUGUUGUUCUUCAAGCUGAACAAGAUACAGAUGAAGUUUUUGCACAGAUUACCCUUUUUCCCGAGUCAAAUCCUGGUGAGGUCACUACUCCAGAUCCUCCUAUACCUGAGCCUGAAAGCUGCAAAGUUCACUCCUUCUGUAAGACAUUAACUGCCUCUGACACAAGCACCCAUGGAGGUUUCUCAGUUCUCAGAAGGCAUGCAGAUGAAUGCCUUCCUCCACUGGAUAUGUCUCAGGAUCCACCUUGGCAAGAACUAGUUGCUAAAGAUCUUCAUGGAAAUGAGUGGAAAUUUCGUCACAUCUUUCGAGGUCAGCCUAGGCGCCACUUACUGACAACAGGUUGGAGUGUAUUUGUCAGCUCAAAGCGAUUGGUAGCUGGCGAUGCUUUUAUAUUUUUAAGAGGGGAAAAUAAUGAACUGCGUGUAGGCGUGAGAAGGCUAAUGAGACAUCUAAACAACAUGCCAUCAUCUGUCAUAUCCAGCCAUAGCAUGCAUCUUGGAGUUCUUGCUACUGCAUCCCAUGCCAUUACUACUGGAACCCUUUUUUCUGUAUUCUACAGGCCAAGAGCAAGCCGUUCUGAAUUUGUUAUAAGCCUGAACAAGUAUCUUGAGGUUAUGAAUCGCAAAAUGACUACUGGAAUGAGGUUCAAGAUGAGAUUUGAAGGUGAUGAGGCUCCGGACAGAAGAGUCAGUGGAACUAUUGUCGGUGUAACUGAGAAGGCAUCUUCUCAAUGGGAAGAUUCAGAGUGGAGAUCCUUGAAGGUGCAAUGGGAUGAGCCUUCAACUGUUACUCUUCCAAACAGGGUUUGUCCUUGGGAAUUGGAGCCACUUGUAGCCCCUACUCCAACCUCCCAACCCAUCCAGAGAAUAAAACGGCCACGGCCACCAUGUUCACCUGUUAUCUCCCCAGACCUUUCUUCUGCCUCUGGUGCUUGGAAAUCUCCAUCGCAAACAACCCAAAUGUUCUCUUUCUCUGGAUCUCAAAGAGUUCCCGAGCACAUUACGCCGCCUAAACCACUUUCUGUGCUCUCAGCAGCAUCCAAUGCUUGUUCUAUUGAAUUCGCAACAAAAAUUUCUCCUCCACCUGUUGCCGACUGCCAAGUGGGCUGGCCAGUCACACCAGAAACCCAAAAUGAAGCCCUUUCAGUAAGCAUCAACAAAGAAUCAUGUGAUAAAAGGCAUGAAGCUAGCAAAGGCUGCAGGCUAUUUGGAAUUCAGCUUACUGAAGGUCGCCGCCCAGUACAAGAAACACUGUCUGUUCCUACGAUUAGAGGAAUUGGUGUGGACCGACCAGUUCCCUCUUUGGAAGUGGAUUCAGAGCAACAAUCACAACCAACUGCCACCAAUGAGGCUGAAAAGUCCUGCUUGAGGUUAUCUCGGGAGCGGCGAAACCAGCAACUCAGGAGCUGCACCAAGGUUCACAUGCAAGGAAUGGCAGUUGGGAGGGCAGUGGACUUAACCAGAUUAUGCGGAUAUCUUGAGCUUCUCCAGAAGCUAGAAGACAUGUUUAAUAUCAAAGAAGAGCUUACUACUGCACUCACGAAGUGGGUGGUUCUCUACACAGAUGAUGAGAACAUGAUGACAGUCGGCAACGACCCAUGGCCUGAGUUCUGCAGGAUGGUGAGGAAGAUGUACAUCUACACGCACGAAGAGGCCAAGCAACGACUCUCUCCCAAGAGGAAACACCCUGUUCUUGCAGUAGUGAAGCAUGCUUCUUUGCUUGGCACUGACACAGAUGCCGAUCAGAACUACCUUGCAGAUGAGGGUGCAGACGAGGGCAACGCCGGUGUUGCUGCCUAGAAUUGAUGACUUUCUACUCACCAAAUAGGAACAUUCUCCCAAGCUGUUUUUGUUUGUUUUUUGGUUGAAUGCGGUUACUAGUAGGUGCAAUCAAUGUGGUAAUAGUUUGUAUUUUUGUUGUUUUCUUCUUUGUGUUAGAUGUGAAGCCGAAGUGUAUUAAAUGCCUGAGCCAUGCUUGUCAUGGACUAGGAUCGAGUGAUAAGCUUGUCAGGUUGUGGAGUUUUUUUUUGUCACCUUAAUAAAUGGAACGUCUUUCUGUAUCUGGAAUAGAUGAUUGAUGAAAUGCUUAACGUUUGAUCA